GGGGGAGCUGAGUCAGGCGUCUCCGGAGGCCUCCAGCCUCCUUAAAACCCUCCCCGGCCACCCAGCCUGGGCCCCGCUGUCUCAGGAGGGUUCCCGGCCGGCCACAGACUAAGAUGCCCGUGCCCAAACCAGCUGCCAAGAAGCCCGCUGCCAAAGCUAAGGAUGCCUCCAAAGAGCCUGCCCCUGCCAAGGAGGCCCCUGCCGAGGAGGCUCCAGCUGCACCCUCCAGCGAGGCUCCCCCCGAGGACCAGUCACCCACGGCCGAGGAGCCCACGGGGAUUUUCCUGAAGAAACCAGAGACUGUGUCUGUGGAGGCAGGGAAGGACGUGGUGAUCACCGCCAAGGUGAAUGGGAAGGAGCUCCCCGGAAAGCCGGUCAUCAAAUGGUUCAAAGGGAAGUGGCUGGAACUGGGCAGCAAGAGCGGGGCCCGAUUCAGCUUCAAGGAGACCCACGAUGCACAGAGCAAUCCUCCCAAGGCCCCCGGGAGUCACCCGGAGACGGGUCCAGGGACCCCCAGCCCCCACCAUGCUGGGGUCACCUUUGGCAAAGGGUGCCAGGCCCCCUGCCCCCCGCCCCACGCCCCCGGGGAUGGCCUCCCCCCAGGUACCACUGGUGAAGAGGGGGUGAUGGUGGGGACCCGAGGGGACACGCGAGGUCAGGCCAAGGGAUGCCUGGAAGCCCAGCCAACACGAUGUGGAAGCUGCCCUGAGCCUGAGCCUCCCGGCUCCAGGGAGGUGGUGGAAGAGAAGAAGAAGAAGAAGAAGGAUGACGAUGACCUGGGCCUGCCCCCCAGAUCGGGAGCUGCCUGGGGCAAGAAGAGAGAGAGGGACGCCCCAGACGGGAUCACCGACCGGGGGAUGCCAAGGCCCAAGAAGGCCAAGGUGGAGGUGAAGAAGAGCGCAGCGUUCACAAAGAAGCUGGACCCGGCUUACCAGGUGGACAAGGGGAACAAGAUCAAGCUGGUGGUGGAGAUCAGUGACCCCGAUCUGCCCCUCAAGUGGUACAAGAAUGGCCAGGAGAUCAAGCCCAGCAGCAAGUACGUGUUUGAGAACGUGGGCAAGAAGAGGAUCCUCACCAUCAACAAGUGCACGCUGGCCGACGACGCCGCGUACGAAGUGGCCGUCAAGGAUGAGAAGUGCUUCACGGAGCUCUUCGUCAAAGAGCCCCCCGUCCUCAUUAUCACCCCCCUGGAGGACCAGCAGGUGUUUGUGGGCGACCGCGUGGAGAUGAUGGUGGAAGUGUCGGAGGAGGGAGCCCAGCUCAUGUGGAUGAAGGACGACGUGGAGAUGACCCGGGAGGACUCCUACAAGGCCCGCUACCGCUUCAAGAAAGACGGCAAGAAGCACCUGCUGAUCUUCACCGAGGUCACCCAAGAGGACAGGGGCCGCUACAAGGUCAUGACCAAUGGUGGCCAGUGUGAGGCGGAGCUUAUCGUGGAGGAGAAGCAGCUGGAGGUCCUCCAGGACAUCGCGGACCUGACGGUCAAGGCUGCGGACCAGGCCGUGUUCAAGUGUGAGGUUUCUGACGAGAAGGUGACGGGCAAGUGGUACAAGAACGGCGUGGAAGUGCGGCCCAGCAAGAGGAUCACCAUCAGCCACACGGGCCGGAUCCACAAGCUGGUCAUCGAUGACGUGCGGCCCGAGGACGAGGGGGAUUACACGUUUGUGCCCGAUGGCUUUGCCCUGACCUUGUCGGCCAAGCUCAACUUCCUGGAGAUCAAGAUCGAUUACGUGCCCAAACAAGAGCCCCCCAAGAUCCACUUGGACUGCUCGGGGAAGAUGUCGGAAAACAUCAUCGUGGUGGUGGCCGGCAACAAGCUGCGGCUGGACGUGGCCAUCACUGGGGAGCCCCCUCCCACAGUCACCUGGCUGAAGGAGGACCAGGUGUUCUCCGACACCGAGGGUCGCGUGCACCUGGAGCAGAGGCCGGACAACAGCAGCUUUGUGAUCGAGGGGGCCGAGCGGGCCGACGAGGCCCGCUACACCAUCAAGGUCACCAACCCCGUGGGCGAGGACACGGCCUCCAUCUUCAUCAAGGUCGUGGACGUGCCGGACCCUCCCGAGGCUGUGCGGAUCACGUCAGUGGGGGAGGACUGGGCCAUCUUGGUCUGGGAGCCCCCCAAGUAUGAUGGCGGCCAAGCUGUGACCGGCUACCUCAUUGAGAGGAAGAAGAAGGGCUCCCAGCGCUGGAUGAAGCUCAACUUUGAGGUCUUCACGGAGACGACGUAUGAGUCGACCAAGAUGAUCGAGGGCGUGCUCUAUGAGAUGCGCGUCUUCGCCGUCAACGCCAUCGGCGUCUCUCAGCCCAGCGUGAACAGCAAGCCCUUCAUGCCCAUUGCCCCCACCAGCGAGCCGCUGCACCUGAUGGUGGAGGACGUCACCGACACCACGACCACCCUCAAGUGGCGCCCCCCGGACAGGAUCGGGGCCGGCGGUAUCGAUGGCUACAUCGUGGAGUACUGCUUGGAGGGCUCCGAAGACUGGGUGGCCGCCAACACGGAGCCCGUGGAGCGCUGCGGCUUCACGGUCAAGGGCUUGCCCACGGGGGCCAGGAUCUUCUUCCGCGUGGUCGGGGUCAACAUCGCCGGCCGCAGUGAGCCGGCUACCCUUGUCCAGCCCGUCACCAUUCGGGAGAUUGUGCAACAGCCCAAGAUCCGGCUCCCGAGGCACCUCCGGCAAACAUAUAUUCGCAGGGUGGGCGAACCGAUCAACCUGGUCAUUCCUUUCCAGGGGAAGCCACGGCCCCAGGUCACCUGGACAAAGGAUGGGGCGCCCCUGGACACGUCCCGUGUCAACAUCCGGACCAGUGACUUCGAUACUGUGUUCUUCGUGCGCCAGGCAGCUCGUACAGACUCUGGGGAGUACAAACUUAGUGUGCAGAUAGAGAACAUGGAAGACACGGCCAUUAUCCGGAUCCGAGUUGUGGGUAAGGCCGGGCCGGCAGAGAACGUGAUGGUGGGAGGUGGGGACCAAAGGGGGUGGAGCCGCCCAAGGAAAGCCACGGGCACCCCCAUCCAGAAGCCCCCCAUCCUUGCCACUGCCCAGCCCCUCCCAUCUCCUGGCCCCUCCCUCUCUUGGCCAUUUCCUAGCCCCUCCCCGUCCUGGCCACUCCCCAGCCCCUCCCUCUCCCGGCCACGCCCCAGCCCCCCCUUCUUGCCACACCCCAGCCCCCUCCCCAAUCCUCCCGCCUCCCCCCAGGAGUGGUUCACAGUUUACGAGCACAGCCGGCCCACCAAGUGCACCGUCGCCGACCUCAUCAUCGGGAACGAAUACUACUUCCGCGUGUACAGCGAGAACAUCUGCGGGCUCAGUGACUCCCCGGGGGUGUCCAAGAACACGGCCAAGAUCCUCAAAACAGGGAUCACCUUGAAGCCUCUGGAGUUUCAGGAGCACGACUUCCGCUCGGCCCCCAAGUUCUUGACCCCGCUGCUGGAUCGGGUGGUGGUGGCGGGGUACACGGCUGCCCUCUACUGUGCUGUGCGGGGGUACCCAAAGCCGAAGGUGGUCUGGAUGAAGAACAAAAUGGAGAUUCAUGAAGACCCCAAGUUCAUCAUGACCAACCAGCAGGGCAUCCUGACCCUCAGCAUCCGGCGGCCAAGCCCCUUCGACGGGGGCACCUACUCCUGCCGGGCCGUCAACGAGCUGGGCGAGGCUCUGGCCGAGUGCAAGCUGGAGGUCCGAGAGCACGGGCCACAGGCGGCACCUACGCUGACACUCCAUCAGGGCCUGAGGCGGCAUGAACCAUCCCCGGCUGGGAGCCUGGGGGCUUGCCACAAGCCGUCGAGACUUGGGGGCAUCUGGACUGAGGCAGCUGUCCCUCUCUGCAUUGACUAA